AAAGUGUUGAAAAGUUAAUUUUUAAAAACAAAAACCAUGCAACUUUUAAUGAAAGUUUUACUUCUCGUAGUCCUUAUUGGACUGUUUAAAGCAAUUGCUUACGAGCAUUCCAAUCAAGCUGUAUGGUAUGAUGUUGAUGACGAAUGCUCACUUGAUCGUCAAUCACCAAUUGAAUUGAAUUAUCAUGAUGCUCACGAAAGUUCUGGCAUUCACCCAAUUACCUUCAACAAUUAUAAUAUUCCCUAUAUAACACCCUCUCAAAUAAAAAAUAACGGCCAUUCCGCCGAUUUGCAAUUUUCUAAGAGCAAUGUAGCAACCAUAUCAGGGGGACCCUUGCACAAUGACAUUUAUGUGGCAGAAUCCCUACACUUUCACUGGGGAUCAGGGGAUAAUCAUGGCUCCGAACAUGUGGUUGGAUAUCUGCGUUACUCUAUGGAAAUGCAUAUUGUUCAUCGUAACAUGAAGUAUCCUACAGUUACAGAGGCAGUAAAUCAUAGAGAUGGUUUGGCUGUAUUGGGAGUUUUUUACAAUGUCGAGCCCUCUGCAAAUAACUUUGAAGGUUUGAGUAAAAUUGAUCAAGCCUUGGGUGCCAUUCAACAAUACAAUAGUUCCACACUUGUGAAUAAUCUAAUUUUAGAAAAAUUAUUUGAUGAUAUUGACAAAGAUGAGUUUUUCACAUAUAAAGGAUCUUUGACUACACCACCUUGUUCUCGGGCUGUUACCUGGAUUGUAUUUCCUGAGCCCAUUUACAUUUCGACACAACAAAUUCAAGGUUUGCGUUCAUUGUAUGAUAGCCGUGGAGAGCCAUUGCUAAAUAAUUAUCGUUUCUUGCAAGCCAAAGGUACACGUCAGGUAUUUUUCCGCCCCAAUAAUGAACUUUAAAAACUAAAAACGUUAUUUAUGACGAUUUUUUUUUAAUAAACAAAA